CUGUAAUGACGCGGCGCGGACGUGCGAGGGGCGGGCAGGCGGUGACCGGCGGUUGGAUGGCGCAGCUGUGCGGAGCCGGGCGGUGUCACCUCGGGGCAAGUGCGGCCUUGGCAGCCCGUGUGGCGCGCUUCUGGUCUUCAGGAUCUAAUACUGAAUCAGUACAGGAAAGACAAAAACGACUGAUGGCUCGGGGACUCCCAAAGCAAAAAGUGAUUCCUGGAGUGAAACAUAUUAUUGUUGUAGCCUCAGGAAAAGGAGGUGUUGGAAAAUCAACCACUGCAGUGAAUUUGGCUCUGGGAUUAGCAACCGACGAAUUGCGUGUGGGGCUGCUGGAUGCAGAUGUGCAUGGUCCUUCUAUUCCACGCAUGAUGAACUUGAAAGGGAACCCAGCUUUAACGGACGGCAACUUGAUGAUACCCUUAGUGAAUUACGGAAUUAGUUGCAUGUCGAUGGGUUUUCUGGUGGAGGAAACAGCACCAAUUGUUUGGCGAGGUCUCAUGGUGAUGUCAGCAAUAGAAAAGCUGUUGAGACAAGUUGACUGGGGUCAAUUGGACUACCUUGUUAUAGAUAUGCCACCUGGCACAGGGGAUGUGCAGCUUUCCAUCUCUCAAAACGUACCUAUUUCAGGAGCUGUUAUUGUUUCUACUCCCCAGGACAUCGCUUUAUUGGAUGCACAGCGAGCAGCAAAAAUGUUUCAAAAAGUUAGUGUUCCUGUUCUUGGUAUUGUUCAAAACAUGAGUGUCUUCCAGUGUCCCAAGUGCAAACAUGAGACUCACAUCUUUGGGGCUGAAGGAGCAAAAGAGCUGGCAGCAAAACUUGAACUAGAUGUCCUAGGUGAUAUUCCACUACAUAUAAAUAUAAGAGAAAUGUCAGAUAAAGGUCAACCUAUUGUUGUAUCUCAUCCAGACAGUCCAGAGGCCAAUGCCUAUCUGAAGCUUAGUGCUGAGGUGGUGAAAAGACUGCCAAUACCUCUUAGGUGAUCGGUGGGAUGUUCCAGUCUGCAAAUACAAUCUGUUUGAAAUUACCUUUUGUCUGAAUUAGACAAGUUAAAUUCCUGCUAUGAAGACAGCUGCUGGACCAGACUUGAGCAGGUUAAUGAAAGCUGGAACACAUGAUGCCAACAGAAAAUCUUGUGACAUUAUAAUGAAUGUACAUGGAGCUAUCAGGUUUCGAGUCGAAAUCAAGAUUUAAUUGCUGGUUCUAAUGUGAAGUCACACUUUUUACUGACUACAGUUAAAUGUGUAUAUUGUGAUAUUUUAAUAAAUAAAGCAUAAAUUGAGGGUGCUGUUUUCCAAUGAAAAUCUGCAAAGAAUUACUUAAAAAUUGCAAGAAUUUGUUUUCCCUUACCCAGAGUUAAUAAAAGAGUGGAUGACUUGCCGACUAAAUCAUGUCCUUUUAUUGUUCUGUACAACUUAAUAUUCUACUGUAUUUUAAUGUGGUUAAUACCUUUGGCUAUUCAAAUAUUAUCUAACAGUUACCUUCUAAUAUUUGUCAUUGAAGACUUUUGAUAAACAAGUUUUAAAUUUAUAUUUCAGAAUCAAGUGUGCAUUUUCUGACUUAGAAAAUGAAUCAUUGAGUAAUUGAUUUUGUUUUAAAUUUCCCCUUUAUUUUUUUACCUUGUACCUUCAUCUCUUUACAGUUGGUAUCAUUCUUCUUGCUUUUCUCAGUACAUUUCCCCCACCCCACUGCAAUGUUCAUGUUCUAGAGAGUACAGGGAGUCAUUACUGUUGAUGGUUAAUAUCAGCAUAAGGCCAAAAUAUAUAGCUUACAGCAAUAAACAGUGUAUUUGUGUUUAAAAAUAAAAUUCUCAAUUCUAGCUUUGCCUUGCAUUAGGGAGCUGUUAUGUUUAACAUCUUGUAUUUCAAGUCACAUUAGUAUGUUUUUAAAUGUUGAACUUCAGAAGAAGCCUUGUUGAAUUUACACCAACUCCCAGAAAUGAUUUGUCAUACUUUUCUGUCACAUAGUUUUAGAAUUUUAGGUAAUUUUUGUGAAUUUGAU